AUGUCCAAUCCUUCAGAGCCUGCCAACGAUGGCAAGGGUCGCCUCCUUCUCGUUUCCAACCGUCUACCCAUCACUAUCAAGCGCUCCGAUGAUGCUACCUACGACUUCUCAAUGUCUUCUGGCGGUCUAGUCAGUGGCCUCUCAGGACUCGCAAAAACUACAAAAUUCCAGUGGUAUGGCUGGCCUGGUAUCCAAGUUCCACAGAACGAGAUCGGUCUGGUCAAGGACAGACUAUGGAAAGAGUACGGCGCAGUGCCCAUCUUCAUGGAUGAUGAGCUGGCCGACAGACAUUACAACGGCUUCUCUAACUCAAUCCUCUGGCCUCUCUUCCACUACCACCCCGGUGAGAUUACCUUCGACGAGUCUGCAUGGAACGCCUACCGCGAGGCCAACCGUCUGUUCGCAAAAGAAAUCGCAAAGGACGUCCAAGACAAUGAUUUGAUUUGGGUACACGACUACCAUCUCAUGCUUCUUCCUGCUAUGCUCCGCGAAGAAAUUGGCGACUCGAAGCGCAACGUGAAGUUCGGUUUCUUCCUUCACACUCCCUUCCCCAGUAGCGAGAUUUACAGAAUCUUGCCUGUCCGUAACGAGAUCCUCAACGGUGUCCUGCACUGCGAUUUGGUCGGAUUCCACACCUAUGAUUAUGCUAGGCACUUCCUCAGCAGUUGUUCUAGAAUCCUCCAACUCCCGACAACACCUAAUACAGUCGAAUUCCAGGGCAAGGUCGUUACAGUUGGUGCAUUCCCUAUCGGAAUCGACCCUGAGAAGUUCGAGGAAGGUCUCAAGAAGCCCAAGGUCGUGGAGCGCAUCCAAACUCUUGAGAAGAAAUUCCAAGGUGUCAAGCUGAUCGUCGGUGUUGACCGUCUCGACUACAUCAAGGGUGUUCCUCAGAAGCUGCAUGCACUUGAAGUCUUUCUGACAGAACACCCCGAAUGGAUCGGCAAGGUUGUGCUGGUCCAGGUUGCUGUUCCUUCAAGACAGGAUGUAGAGGAGUACCAGAACCUCCGUGCCGUCGUCAACGAACUGGUCGGCAGAAUCAACGGCAAAUUCGGAACCAUUGAAUUCAUGCCCAUCCACUUCAUGCACAAGUCCGUCUCGUUCGAUGAACUUAUUGCACUCUACGCUGUCAGUGACGUCUGUCUUGUCUCGUCGACCCGUGACGGCAUGAACCUCGUUUCGUACGAGUACAUUGCAACUCAGCAAAAGCGUCACGGUUCCAUGAUCUUGUCCGAAUUCACUGGCGCAGCUCAGAGUCUCAACGGUAGCAUCAUUGUCAACCCCUGGAACACGGAAGAGUUGGCUGAUGCCAUCCACGACGCUGUGACCAUGGGAGAUGAGCAGAGAAGUAACAACUACCACAAGCUCGCCAAAUACGUCAACAAGUACACUAGUGCUUGGUGGGGCGAGUCUUUUGUCAACGAGCUUACUAGAAUCUCUGAGCAGGCCGAGAAGAAGCUCAAGGUCAAGCAAUCGCAGCUUGAUGGGAAGAUGCAAGAGGAGACAGUGCAGUAG